UGACUACCUGUGUGCAUGUGUACGCGUGUCCUCGGUAGAAAUAGUUGAUGACGCCGUGUGUUAGUAAUAUCGUGUGUCGCAAAAUAUAACCUCUCAAUAAAAUGCUCGAAUCUUUAUCAGUGUCGUUAAAGGUCUCGUUCUUUCGAAGAAUUUGAUUUUAUACGCUCGUGUCGAGUCACGGACGCUCCGUAGAGCGCAUCGCAACAUGAAAGUUAUCGUGAAGAAGCUUCAGGGGAAAGAAUGCGUUGUUGACAUUAUGCCCUCGGACACUGUCCUUCAGUUAAAACACAAAGUCAGUGACCUCUUGGGCAUAGAUGUUCCACAACAAACACUGUUGCUUACUGGCAAGACAUUAGCUGAUGAAAAUCCAUUGAGUUUCUAUCCAGGAAUCAAGGAUGGGAGUAAGUUAAAUCUCUUGGUAAUUAAAAAGACAGAAGAAGGAUCUAGCGAGGUAAAGGCUUCACAUAGCAAGUCUGGCACCCAGCUGUUGCGAGAUGAGAUCUCUAGAGUUCUGAGGCAUUAUUACACACAAUCAGAGACAGAGUCCAUAGUCAAUGAGGUGAUAAAAGACCUGAAAAAUAAAGUGAAUAACCUUAGUUAUGAUGACUUAGAAAGAUUAGCAACCGCACUGCUCCUGGACCAAGAAGAUAUAGCUUAA